GGGGGCGGCAGGUCACAUGAUCAAAACAAAAUGUCGGCCGACCUAUCAUUCGGGUCGGUGCCUCCAUUUUAUAGAGAAGUUUACGAUAUAGUCUGUCCAAAUCAAGAACAUGUUGAUCAAGAUAUGUUUGUGCAGAUACUGGUACAGUCCAGUUUACCAAGAACUACAGUUAUGCAGAUAUGGGAAGCUGUUGACAGCAAGCAAGGAUUUCUGACGAGAAAUGGCCUAUAUAAAGCAUUAGCAUUGACCGCAUUAGCACAACAAGGAAAAAACAUCAAUGAUAAACUGCUGGAAACUUUCUCAGGACAAGAAUUGCCUAAACCGACGUUAGGUGAUCUCUCUGAUUUGCGGUCAGCAAGCGUUAGAUUGCGACGAGAAAAAUCUCCGAAUGUUCUCGGAUUCACAUACAGUGAACUACUUGAACUUGACACGGUUAAAGUAGAACUCCUGCCAGAGAAGAAAGGCCUUAUCUUAAAACAUGUGGAAUAUGAAGUCACUAGUCAGAGAUAUAAAGCAACAACUCUACGUAGAUAUAAUGACUUUCUAGCAUUUCACGAGCUGCUUUUAAUGAGAUUUCCUUAUCGAUCCAUUCCAAGACUACCACCAAAGAAAAUGAUGGGAGCAAACAGAGAGUUUAUUGAACAGAGGAGGAAGUCAUUACGACGGUACUUAAAUCUGAUUGCACGUCAUCCCCAGAUGCACGAUGACAAACUAGUCCAAUUCUUUCUGUCUUUCAGCGGUUCUGAUGUGCAGCAUAAAAUACGAGAAGCAUUUAGAGGAAUACCUGAUGAAUUUAUGACCAGUAAUUUAGCAAGCCGAGCAAAGGAUUUGGUUCCCAUGGAUACUCAAACACAGAUUAGCAAUAGCAAGGAGCAUAUAAAAAUGUUAUAUAAUAGUCUGUCUAAGUUAAAAGAUAUAACAGAGAGAAUGGUUCUUCGUGCCACUGGUUAUGCAAGUGAUAUGUUACAAUUUGGCAGGGAAUUAAGUGCAAUGAGUAAUGACGCCACCCCAGUGUCAUCCUGGGCAACAGGCUCUAAUCAAACCUGGUCUCACCUAAAAAAGGGAUUUAAACACCUGUCUGUGGAGUAUGCUGCCUUAGGAGAUAAGGCCUCAAAAGAGGCUGCUGAAGAGGACGAAACAGUUGUAGAAAAGUUGUCAUUACUCCUAGAUUUAAUAAUUUCAUAUAAGGACCUCUGUGAUAGACAUGAAAAAGGGGUCUUGCAGGACCAUCAAAGGGCUGUACAGAAAAUGGGGCAAUAUAAAAAGAAAAGAAUGUCUGCCACUGUUCAAAGUUCAGAGGUUGGCCAGGUAGAACAGUUGGAGCAGAAAAUUUUGGAACAAGAAGGUCAAAUAGCAAACAUGGAAAAUAGGAAUUACUACAGCUUACACUGUCUUCAAAUGGAAACGCAGUUAAUACAUGCAAACUUAGACAUUCUCUACGAUAUUCUUGCCUCAAUGACAGAAGUUCAAUCUGUGUCACAUGGAGAGUUAUGCAAGGUAUGGGAAGCUAUUGGACCGAUCGUUGAAAACAUUCGUGGCGAGAGUUCAUUAGCAACAAACAGAAAUUCAUCAUCUUCACCAACAAACAACAACAAAAUUGUGAUAUAAAUCUUCACUGAUUUCGUAAACAAUUUACUAUUACAUGUACAUGUAAUUAUCAAAAGGAGUGUUUUUUUGUAUGAUUCAUACACGAAGAUGAAGUUACGUUACUUGGAAAUUAUUUUUGAAAUGUCACAGGAUGAGUGAGAAUAGAACCAAAAAUAAAGUUACUCCAAUCAGAUAA